AUGUCCCAGUACGAGCAUACGACUGUAUCCGUGGCACCGUUAGUGCUUCUUUCAGUGGUUGAUCAUUAUGAGAGAAUUAUCAAGUCAUCUUCGACGUCGAAUAACAACAGCAACAAGAGAGUCGUGGGAAUAGUGUUAGGAGAUUCAUCAGACAAAAAGUUGAUCAAGGUGACGAAUUCAUUUGCCAUACCAUUUGAAGAAGAUGAAAAAGAUCCUAGUAUUUGGUUUCUAGAUCAUAACUUUAUAGACUCGAUGAUGGAGAUGUUCAAGAAGAUCAAUGCUAAGGAAAAACUGAUUGGAUGGUAUCAUUCGGGACCCAAAUUGAGACGGAAUGAUUUGAAAAUUAACGAGAUACUCAAGUCGUUUACGCCAAGUCCAUUGCUACUCAUAGUUGACGUCAAUUCUACCGACAAGAUCGAUAUACCUACCGAUUGCUACACAGCUAUAGAAGAGAUUAAAGAGGAUGGAUCAUCAAACGAAAAGACUUUUUUGCACCUACCUUCCAUAAUUCAAGCUGAGGAGGCAGAGGAGAUUGGUGUGGAACACUUGUUGAGGGACAUUCGUGAUCAGGCGUGCGGUAAUUUGGCUCUCAAUCUAACCAAUAACUUCAAAUCCCUCACCUCCUUAAACGAAAGAAUGAAAAGUAUUGUCAGCUACAUCAACAGGGUAAUAUCCGGAAAGUUGCCUAUCAAUAAUGACAUUUUGGGCAAACUUCAAGAUAUAUUCAACUUAUUUCCGAAUAUCUCAGGAUUGACUGAAGGUGCUAAGAAUUCUUCAAAUAGCACUGUAAAAGUUUCGCAGACCGAUGUUGGUGGUAUAGAAAGCAAGAGCAAGCAGUUGGGUAAUGCUUUUAAUGUUAGAACUAACGACGAUUUGAUGCUCGUCUAUGUAAGUGGUUUAGUGAGAUCCAUUAUCGCUUUCCACGAUUUGAUUGAGAAUAAGAUCGAGAACAAAACGUUGAAUGAGAAGAGUACUACAAUUGACGAGGAGAAAAAGGAAAGCGAACAGGAAAAGGAUAAGGAGGAUAUAUCUAAGGCUGACACCAAAAAGGUUGAUGAUAUUGAUGAGAAGGAUAAUUAG